AUGGUCCUUCUCACCUCCUCAGCGGUAUCCGUGAUCUUGUCGAGCAGUGUUGUGUGCAUGUUCACGUUUCUCCUAUUUUUAUCCGGAUAUGUGCUGCAACAGCAAACUGUUAGAUCGCUGCAAGAAGCUCUGCGAAGACCACCUGAACGAUUACCGGUCCCGACGUUGCCUCCUCAAUUUCAAAAUCCAGAUAAUGAAACCGUUUCAGUUGCUCUCGAGUCGCCCACAGAUGGAUCCACACCUGUCGUAGUCGGCGACCAAGGAGCCGACGACGCCGAUCAAUUUCUAGAGUCCAUUCAGGCGGCAACCGCGGUUCAGGACGACAAUCAAGCUCAUUUUGGUGACUCCUCAGAGCCCAAGUUGGAACCAGUCGAGGAUCCAAGCAAUGGUCCUCUUCCUCAGCGUCUUGCAUAUAUUUUGGCACUUCUCAAACCCUCCGACCUAUGCUCAACCCUCCUUUUCGCAAAACAGCAACGCUCAGCUUCUCGACUUGAAGCAGAGCCUUCGAUUAUUCUUCUCUAUCCAUCAACGUGGGAAACUCAAUCUUCACCACUCCAUACCUCGGUAUUGAAUUUCAUGAGAGAAGUUCAGGAUCUGUAUGGCCUCCUAUAUCACCCGGUUCGGAUCCACGGUGGCUGGGAUGAGACAGCUUUGUUAUUGGGGGAACUCCAAUGGCGCAAGUGGGACUACGAUCAAGCCUUGUACUUACGCUCACCGGGAAUGAUACUUGACAGCAAAGCACUGGACGCUGCUUUGGGAUCACCAAAUCCAAGGAAGUCAUGGGCUCCGUUAAAUCCAUCUUCCGGAGAUAACCCCGACCUUCUCCUCGUCACUCCGAAAGGACUCCAGAGUCCCAGAAAAGAGAUGAGAGGCCUCGCAAUCUCUGCUGUUUCCCACCAUUCAGAUCUCGAGGAAGAUGGAUUCGACAUAGAAAAUCUAGUGAAAGAUGCAGCAUAUGUCCUUUUUGACGGGGAGGAUCUAGGUCUCAAUGGGAUUGAGAAUGAAUGGUAUGGGAAUCUGGUACGCAACUUUGAUCGUGGCCGAAAGUCCGUUUGUGCCGGCAGUGGGAUAUUGGACGAUGACCUGAAAAUUGAUUUGAAGAGAAGGCUGUGA